AGAAAAACUCUGAUUAAACUCAUCUUCCCUUCUUCUCUCACAACCGAACGUGUUGUCCAAGACCAUGGUUACCUCUUCAUUGUAAUCAAUACUGUGAUGUGGUGUUGCAAGAGGAAGAGGCCACGAAGCCUUGUCACACCAGCUCACCUCUUCCCACCUUCUGUAGAUAUAUAUAGAUGAGCCAAGUCCCUCAAUUUUCCUGGAAACCACACGAAGAGAAGAAAGGAAGCAAGAGUGGCGGCCAAGAAGAAGGAAGAGGAAGACCCAGCAGAAAUCAUCAUCAUCUGCGUGCGUCACCACCAAGAAGAAGGAGAAGGGUCAUCAAGAGAGCUGCUACCCGAAGCCAAAGAAGGAACCCUACCGCUUUCCUUUCCUGGUUUUCUUAGUGUUCCUCUUGUUGGGGUUUUCUGAUUUAAUAUAGCAAAGGACAGGCUUUGGUUUGUGAAAUUCUCGAAGAGAGACGGGUCCGGCAGAGGAGCCCUGUGAGUUUCGUUCUAACCGCUGAGCUAUGAGGAUCCGGCGCGCGGUGGAGUCUUCAUAUGGAGCAUGUUUUGGACCUCUUUCUUGCACAAUGUUCGGAGAUCACUCCAGAGUUAGUCGCAGUGGAUCUUUCGCUCCUGUUUGAUGAUCUUAGUAUCACUUUCCCCUCACUUUUGUAGUACUUUUAGAGGGGUAGAACAUCUUAGUAGUUCGGUUCCAGCUUAGGAAACCCGUGUGAGGGUUGGGACUGAUUUCUUCUUUUGUAUCUGUACAUAUAACUUGGUGUGAUACUCGGCUUUGAUGGAUGACACGUAUCCUUGAACUUAACUCGUGUAUAUUAUAUAUAUGUUUAUAUAUGUUAUUUUCUGUUGCCUUGUGUUUUCUUACACGACAACUCUGAAGAAACUAACCUUGUGAGCAACUAAACGCUAUUCCACAAGUAGUAAUCUGUUCACGAUUAAACCGAUAAAGGCUUUUAUUGAUAUUAAUUUAUAAAAAUCUGAGUCUAGAGCUAAGUAGGCCGCACGACGAGUAACACCUAGACAUUUGGCAUUGGUCAUGACGUGUCGAAAGUUGGGGUGUUACAGUUGGUAUCAGAGCAGUUCGUCCUUUGAGCCUUGGGAUGGACUGUCUAUACUUUCUUGCAUACUCUGAAUCUUUUUAUACCAUGCAGUUAGGAUAUUUUGGUAAUAUAUUCUGCAUGAAGGUCUGUGAACAUCCAUUGUAGUAAUAUUAAUACUUGAUUUUGAUAUAUUAAGACUGAUCACCUUAAUAUUGAUUAUUGGGUAUUGAUAGGACUCAAAUGGCUGCGAAUAGGCGAGGACGCCCUCGACUGGGAGGAACGAGUGAGGGAAAUUUCCCUGAUGCAGCGGCUAUUCUCGAAUCUGUAAACGCUAUGGCCGCUGCUGUAUGUGAAUCAGUAGCUGCUACUAACCGAGUAGCUGAACGUCUUGAUCGUCAGAAUGGAAUUGAAAAUAACCAUGGGCCUAGACAAGAAAAUGAAAAUGGUGAAGAAGGUGAAGCUGGACUACGUAACCGGCCCAUGACUCUAGCCACUUUCUUGAAGAUAAAUCCGCCUCAAUUCCAUGGGAACACUAGUGCUACACGAGCUGAUGACUGGUUUAAAGAAAUAGGACGAGCAAUGCGAGCCCAACAAGUCCCUGAAAGACAGCGAGUGGAAUUUGCUGCUUAUAUGUUGAGGAAUGACGCGCAACAUUGGUGGCAGGGAAUACUCCAACUACUAGGAAGAGAAGCUAUUGACAUCUCCUGGGAGGAAUUUUCAGUUGAAUUUUAUAAGAAGUAUUUUCCUGAGUGUUCUCGCACCGCUAAGGAAUUGGAGUUGCUUCAAUUAAAACAAGGAAACAUGACAGUCAGUGAGUACACUCGCAAGUUUGAAGAGUUAUGCCGGUUCUCGAACAUUUGUCAAGGAGCACCAGCUGCAUUCGAGAAAUGGAAGUGCAUCAAGUUCGAAGGAGGACUUAGAGAAGAACAGUUAGCUCAUGUGGGCCCGAUGGAAAUACAGAAUUUUGCAGAAUUAGUUAACAAGAGCCAACUGACGGAGGAAUGUGUAAAGAAGCUGGUGGCAGCACAAACUAAGCACAAAAACCUUCCAACAAGGGAUUUCAAUCGUAACCUCGCUCCUCAAGGAAGAAACUUCAAAGUAACUCGGCAGCCAGACUUAGGCAAACAAUUGCAAUCGACCCAACCAAGACUGAUAUGCACUGUGUGUGGAAGGAAUCAUGGGGGAAAACCCUGCUUGCUGAAGUCUGGGGUUUGCUAUAAUUGCGGAAAGCCCGGACAUAUAGCCAAAGAAUGCAUUCGACGAAAGCCUGAAUUUGGUUCCCUUGGACAGCAACAGCUAGGAAGGGUGUUUGUCUUGGAUGCGAGAAAUACUACCAAAAUCGAUCCCCACACUCGAGGUAACGAAAUUUUGAGGACAAAAUUUUUUUUAGGAGGGUAGAAUGUAACCACCCUACCCCAUAAGGCCUGUGAUUUUUUUUUAUUAUUCUUUACAGCGUUCGCUGACACGCAUAGGUUUAUAUAUAAGUAGCAUAGAUAACGAAUUAGAAUUAGAACACGUAGCGCAAAACUUUUCUUUUAGUGCUUCCAAGCGACGAACCUUUUUCCGAUUCAAUUAUUCUAUGGAAUAAGUAUUCCCUUGAACCAUAUUAGUUAGAUAAUUCAAAUUUUUGAACCGGUUUGAUUUUUCUUCUCUCGGUUCAACCAAACCAUGCUUUUCUUAAAUAACCCAGAUCUAGAAAAACUCUGAUUAAACUCAUCUUCCCUUCUUCUCUCACAACCGAACGUGUUGUCCAAGACCAUGGUUACCUCUUCAUUGUAAUCAAUACUGUGAUGUGGUGUUGCAAGAGGAAGAGGCCACGAAGCCUUGUCACACCAGCUCACCUCUUCCCACCUUCUGUAGAUAUAUAUAGAUGAGCCAAGUCCCUCAAUUUUCCUGGAAACCACACGAAGAGAAGAAAGGAAGCAAGAGUGGCGGCCAAGAAGAAGGAAGAGGAAGACCCAGCAGAAAUCAUCAUCAUCUGCGUGCGUCACCACCAAGAAGAAGGAGAAGGGUCAUCAAGAGAGCUGCUACCCGAAGCCAAAGAAGGAACCCUACCGCUUUCCUUUCCUGGUUUUCUUAGUGUUCCUCUUGUUGGACGGGUCCGGCAGAGGAGCCCUGUGAGUUUCGUUCUAACCGCUGAGCUAUGAGGAUCCGGCGCGCGGCGGAGUCUUCAUAUGGAGCAUGUUUUGGACCUCUUUCUUGCACAAUGUUCGGAGAUCACUCCAGAGUUAGUCGCAGUGGAUCUUUCGCUCCUGUUUGAUGAUCUUAGUAUCACUUUCCCCUCACUUUUGUAGUAUUUUUAGAGGGGUAGGACGUCUUAGUAGUUCGGUUCCAGCUUAGGAAACCCGUGUGAGGGUUGGGACUGAUUUCUUCUUUUGUAUCUGUACAUAUAACUUGGUGUGAUACUCGGCUUUGAUGGAUGACACGUAUCCUUGAACUUAACUCGUGUAUAUUAUAUAUAUGUUUAUAUAUGUUAUUUUCUG